AAUUAUAAUAGUUGCGCUCGUUGCCGUCGUUGCAUUGCAAGACUCUUUUUCGUGUGUUGUGCGUGGAAUAUGUUCAUGUCGUUCAUGUAACAUAAAAAUUGAGUGCGAUACUGAUGGAAAUGUAAGUUAAUUUCAAUUUCGGGUUUCAAAAACUAGAAAUUAAACGAUUGGUGUUCAUUAAUUUGCAAACGCUGUGGUUACUUGAGAUAACAAUUGAAAAUGCUGUGUUGUGCCCUGAAAGCAUUACUGUUACAUGAGAAUAACCUAGAAAGUUUCCUGAGACAGGUUCUCGUCGACAGGAAUCAAAUAUAGUUCCAGCAUAGCCAGUCAAAGGAUGGAUGGGAUUUGGCAAUAGAGAUGAUUCGGUAACUAUUUCCUGGUCAGCUGUCUUAUUCUGUGUACGAUCUAUCGAGCUGUUUGUGAAGGAAAGAGAAAGUUUUACUGUACUUCAUUAGAAAGGUCAUUACUGAGAGAGUCGUGUUUGCUAUCAUUUGAGAAAUGAGUGUUUCACGGUUGCUUCCAUUUAAUUUAACAACAUCUCAAAAGGUGAUUGUGGUGUCCGUUACCGCUGGUGUUGCCGUGCUGGGAGUAAUUGCUAGCUACCUAGGGCGUCGCAGAACUCCCAAGCCUCAACAGCGACGACUUCGCAAACUGGGCGGAAGGAAAGCUCGAAAUAGUGUUCGCAGCCCAAAUGAUAUCAUUUCGUUGGCAGGUUCGAAAGCUUCCGGUCGUUCGUACAGUCCCGGUGGCUCCAUUCAUGGCUUCUCCGACAAAAUGUCACUGGCUUCCGGUUCAUUAGUCGCGGUUGGCGCCGGCACAGGAACUGGUCAGAUCAUCGGAGGAACAACACCACUCACUCCACAGCAACUGGGAGUGAUGGGAAUGGAAGCACUGGAGACCGUGAUUAGCUACUGGGAAGAUGCUCUAAUGGGUCGGAACGAUGUGGAUAUCCCAAACCGAAUUACUGCCGAUCAAGAGGAAUUUUGCAGGGAGUUGCAAAAUUUACUCGACGCAGCAUACAACCUGCAGGAACAGGGUGAGCUGUUGUUCCUGGAUGAACGGUCGGUGUUGUUUCGGGAUGAUGAGAAUAAAACUGCCCACGCUGGCGGUUUGACCAACGGACAUCGGUCUAGUUCGGAUCCGAAUUUUGAUUCUGCCGAGAGUUUUGCUUCCGCUCUAGAUCAGGUCGCCGAUCUACGUGAAUUUGAAGACUAUGGCGAAAUCUUCUCCGACGUGGAGAACUUUCCUCUGUAUCACAGCGCACUGGAACUACUAGACGAUCAACCUAUUCCGUGUCGAACCGUACGUACCGACAUGGUCGGCUGCAAUUCGGACGCUGAGUACUAUGCGAAGCUGCACUGCAUUCGGUUGGCAUUUCAACUGUUGUUCAAGGAUCCCAAGAACACCCGCUGGGUUGCGGAUACCGGUCGACAGAUAUUAACCGAUUUGCUCUGUCUGGGAGAUAAAGAUCCUAAAGACUUUCUCGUGGCAUACGAAUCUAUGCUGGAAUUCCUUCAAAACAUGGACAAUUGGCCAGAUAUCGAGCGCGAGCUAGAAUCCCGGAAUGUAAAAGCCAUGACCUUCUACGAUGUGGUUCUGGAUUUCAUUAUUUUGGAUGCCUUCAGGGAUCUCGAUUCACCUCCAAAUAGUGUCUUAGCAGUCGUCAAUAAUCGGUUCCUCUCGAAUGGAUUUAAGGAAACGGCUCUGACCACGGCUGUCUGGUCGGUCCUGAAGGCUAAGAAGCGUAUGCUCAAGUUUCCAAAUGGCUUCAUGUCUCAUUUUUACUGCAUAACUGAGCAACUGUCUCCUCUCAUGGUCUGGGGGUUUUUUGGUCCCGAUGAAGAUCUGAAGGAGGUGUGCAAAUACUUUAAGGAACAAAUGGUUAGUUUCAUGGUGGACAUUUAUAACUUCAACAAGUGUCGUUACACUACGGUAGAAGAACUAUCAGAGGACAUCCUUACGAAUAUGAGAAUGAGGGUGAACAAUAUAGGUGUUAAGUUCAAUCAAUAAUUACAAUAUUGGCUGCUUUGUAUUUUUGUUGGUUAUUGGUAGUUUAUUGGACCAUUCGUUUUAUCACAAGUUGACUAUCAUGAUUUUAACAUUUCCUACAGAAUAGACAAAUUAUUCAAUUUAACGGAUAUGUCAUGCCUAGAUUAUUUUCUAAGCGUUAGUAAGAAACAAAAAAAUGAGACUUUAGUCAUAGGGUAGUUGUACGGUUUAACAAUUUAUGUAGUAACGAGCUAUUAAGAGAAACGGGCUCAAAUGGGAAGACCAAUUGUAUUCUUUAAAA